GUGCCCUACAACUAACUAUUCACCUCAAAAUCCGCAAACUGGCAAUUUAAGGAUUUUUUCCCUUAGCACUAUUCUGACGUUUCUUUUACCUUCAAUUAAGAGCGUAUAGCAGGGUUUUAUGCUAUUUUUUGGUGGGUUCAAUUAAAACGGUCGAAAUAAAAGCCUUUUGCACUUUUUUAUAAUUGAUCGCCACUUUAUUCUUAUAAACGGUGUUUCUGUAAUUCAAAGCAACAAUACAAGGCAUAUUGAAAAGGUUUACGAAGCUUCUACACGUCUGGCGCUGAAAAAAUGUCAUCCUUCUUAGGAAACUCUGAAAUGAGUUCCAAACUUCACGAUGCUAUCGAGAAAAAACUAACAGAGCUCAAUUGGUCGGAUGAGGCCGCUUCGUUGGCCGAUUUCAUUAUUGUAAUGGUUACCAACGGUAAAAAUCAGCAACAAAUCCAUGAAGAACUUGUUGAUCUUGUUGGAAGUGAGCUUGAUGCUUCGUUUUCAAAAUGGCUUUUCGAAAAAAUAGACGAACUCGAAAAACCACAAACAGCUCAGACCCGGCCAAAUGUGAAUGAGACAAAAGAAACAAAAAUAAAGGAAGCCUCUCCUAAAAAGUCUGAACAGGAAAUUACGGGGUCAGAUUCUACACCAGAACUCAAAUCUGCAUUUCCUUCUGUUGUUCGUACAGAACGUGUGGGACAAAAACUAAAGACAACCACCCAAAAGCGUUUUAAUCCCCUUGCCUCCUCCUUCAAAACCCAUGCGCAAGUGGCCCCUUCCACAAAACGGUUUUUCCAAUCCGAUAUCCAGCUUCCCCUCUGCAAGUAUGCGGAAAAGUGUGGACGUCCCGAUUGCAUAUUCGCUCACCCUUCUCCCGCUUCCAAAGAUGGAAUGGUUCUAAGUAGCAAACAGUGUUCAGCUGGCAGAGAAUGCGACAAUCCAGAGUGUGUUGACAGUCAUCCUUCUCCAGCAAACCACGCGGUCACUUCCUAUGAGUUUUGGAAGCAUCCCAGUGCCUUGCAGAUACAAUCCUUGUCUCAAUCCCUCCUGCCGCUUCCUUCACCCCUACAAAAGUAAAAAUAUGACCUGGCGUGCAUCCUCCGCUUCUUCGCCUGCUUUUCCAACUUCUAAUCCGGUGGUUAGUGAGCGGAAGUUUGCUGUUGAGGAAGCUGAAGAGCAAUUGCCCGUUCCUCCGAACAACUAGACCUGUCUUUUUGUCAAACAAAAUAUAUGGAUUUUCACUAUGCAGUUUAAAGUAUAACGAAAAUAAAUGGGAGUGUUUUCUUGAUGAUGUUACACAAAUGUAAAUGAUACUACGUAGACAAUUUAGACUAUACAGACGGUG